CUCCUUUAGUCCCUCCAGCCACGCACACACACUGACAGAGCUGCAGUGGUUUGUACAGUAGCCCACAGCUGCCUGUGAUUUUUACUCACCUCCCUUAAAGUCUGGGAUCGGACGGUGAGCUAGGGGAGAAAGAGAGUUCAAGACAAGAGGACUUUGUUUUGGGGAUUUUCUUACUGUAAACCGGAGAUAGACAGAGAUGAUGGAGACCAAAGUGUGGAUUGCCCUUUGUGCGCUGCUGCUUAUUAACUUGGGAUCCGCUGAACAUGAUGAAGUUAAUGCUCCUGCCUCCUCUUCAUCACAAAGCUCUCUUCCUGACGAGCUGUCUCCCAAGGCUGCAGACUCUGUGCUUCAUGAUCCCAGCCGGGAACAAAUCCAUCUUUCCACUCCUGCCCCUCCACUGAGAGGCUCUGACACAAAUUCAAGUUCACAAACUAACGGUAGUUUGAUUGUCAACGCAACUACAGAAGACGAAACAAUGGCCAAUGGUACCAACAUCACCGCUUCUUCAGAGGCUGCGGUUCCUGAAAGCAAUGGAAACCAAACAUUUCUGAUGACAUCUCAGCCUCAAACCCCUCCGCCUGAAAGCCAUGCCCCCGCAUCUCAUACCCCAAAUACUUCCAACAACACCACCACCACCACCACCAGCCCCAUACACACAACUCACUCCACCAGUGUCGUCACACUGACUACAGCUCCACUCACAACACAUCAUAGCGCACCAACACUUCAUGACUCCGUUACACCUUCAAACCAUAGCACUUCUGCCCCAACACCUGAGCCACCAAAGCCUGAGUCUUCCACAACUACGAUCAUCACUAACUCCAUUUCAAUGCCCAUCACCAGCUCCUCUCAUGAGACCCCCAAUUCUGAGUCAACAGCGCACACCUCUCCGCAAACCACUUCACAGGCCAGCAAAGCCCACCUUGAGAAAACCAGCAACCCACCGAGCAGCCCCACCGCCAAGGCCGAAUCCCUAGCUGACUUAUCGUCCAAGCUCAACGCUGGGGAUGUUAAGACGAUUGUCCAUGACUCUCCCACAUUAGACCCCCUCCUGGCUGGACUGGUGUCAGCCUUCAUCAUCACUGCGGUCAUCAUCACUCUGCUCCUCUUCCUCAAACUGCGCAGGAGAGACAACAGACCAGAGUUCCGCAGGCUGCAGGACCUACCUAUGGACGAUAUGAUGGAGGACACACCCUUGUCCAUGUACAGCUACUGAUGGAUGCAUGACAAAAAAAAAUGUGAGUGCCCAAAUACUCUCCAUGAAGUCAGGCUCCCACCACAGCUGUGCAGAACCUGGCCAUUCUUCAGCAAAAACACAAAGCAUAGGUGUGAGGAAACUUCUGGAUUACAUUUAUCUUGAUCCCUGACUUUGAGGAAAUGACACGAUUGAAGCAGCAAAUGACAAUGAAGAAAUCACCAAUGUGGGGUUCCUUUUGCCAAAACGUCUUUUUUGGAGCCUGUAAAUUAGAAAUUAGGCCUCUGAUGAAUAAUGUAUGCUUAAACAUUUUUCAACCCCCUUAUUCGGGAUUUGAAAGAUGUAUAAUAUAUUUUGAUUUCCCUAGAGUUGAAAGGGUGUAAACUCGGAGGCAAAAUCAUCAGUUGCAUUCAUCAUUUGGAUGGUUCAAACCUAGACGGAUUCAGCCUGUCCUGCCAGACUCUCACCUGAGGGUACUGUUCUAAUUUCCCUGUUAUAAGUUAGCAGAAACUCUGACCGGAAAAAAAAAGAGUCUGGCAGGCAUACGGAGAAGCCUGGGAAAAGAAAUUAACGUAACAAAUGGCCCGAUUAUAGUGUUAAAAAAAGUUGCACUUUACUUUUUCAGGAGUGGAAAAAAUGAAAAAUGUGUUUGUGUAAGAGAAAGAUUGAGCUUUGUGUGUGUGUGUGUGUGUGUGUGUGUAUGUGUGUGAGUCUGAGGGGCAUGUGUGUAUUUUUGAAGGCAUUGUGGGGGAUAUUUAAGUGUUUUUUCAGUUUCUAUUUUUAAGGUCCUGCUGCCUUUUGGCCUGAUUAAGACAUGUGCAGUGUGAGUCUUGUGUCCAGGGGAGAGUGCCUUACACAGCUUGUGAACAGCUCUUAUUGCAUUCUGUAUUUAGAUUCAAACCAACUAACGUCCACAUUUAUCAAUCAUUCCCAGUGCUUUCUGUAAUUCCCAUUCAAAAGCACAUGCAGUGCCAGGUUGCUGCUCUGACUUGCCUGUGUUUGAACACUUGCCUUGAGCGAAUUCACCAUCAGGCACUCAUUCAUACAGUGUCAGCUGCAGACUGAAAUGGGCCUGUGGCCUUACCACACAAGGUUGGCAUUGUCCUGUACUACUGAUGAUUGCAUCCUGCAAAGACAACUUCAUGAAACCCUUCAUGCUGUCUUAGCAGUUCUUCAGCCACAAACCUGAAAGCACCUUGUUUUCGCAGUAGGCAAUUUCACAAAUAUUCCAUUAAUUAAACUAUGUAGCAGCCAGUGUACGUGCUUUGUGAAUGUGCAGGAAAAUGGGAGUGUAAAUAAGAGACAGUCGACAGAAAUGAAUUGGAGCUGAAACUUGCAUCCGUUUGGAGCCAUGAAUAACUACAGAUGGGUGACAAAAUCAAGGAUGAAAUGAACAUAAAAUGUUGGGUGUUCAUAAGUGCUUAAAUGCUUGUCAUAGAUCAUACGACUCUCUAUAGGAUGGAUGAACUCCUGAAACAAAUAUAUUCUGUCAUUUAUUGUUUUGAAACUCUUUUGUCACCCCUCUGUACUUCCAAUUCUAAAUGAUACACUUUAGAUUUCUGAUGUGGUAAAAAUGUCUGUAAGGAUCCAGACAGAAGGCUUUUUCUGCCAUAUGUUGAUUUUGAGCUGUUGGUGUUUUAUGAUUAAAAAGAUUUUGAAACCCUA